CGCAGGCGCGGUGAGUUGGUGCCGGUCAAUCCUGAAGGCUGAGGGGCCGCGGCUAGGUCGAGCGGUGUUAGGAGGGGUUGCCGAGCGGGUCUGUGGCGAGGCGGGGUAGGGUGGCCGGCAGCAUGUCUCGGCAGGCGAACCGUGGCACCGAGAGCAAGAAAAUGAGCUCUGAGCUCUUCACCCUCACCUACGGGGCUCUGGUCACGCAGCUGUGCAAGGACUAUGAAAACGAUGAAGAUGUGAAUAAACAGCUGGACAAAAUGGGCUAUAACAUUGGAGUCCGACUGAUUGAAGAUUUCUUGGCUCGGUCAAAUGUUGGGAGGUGCCACGACUUUCGGGAAACCGCAGAUGUCAUCGCCAAGGUGGCGUUCAAGAUGUACUUGGGUAUCACUCCAAGCAUCACCAAUUGGAGCCCAGCUGGUGAUGAAUUCUCCCUCAUUUUGGAAAAUAACCCCUUGGUGGACUUUGUGGAACUUCCUGAUAACCACUCAUCCCUUAUUUAUUCCAAUCUCUUGUGUGGGGUGUUGCGGGGAGCCUUGGAGAUGGUCCAGAUGGCUGUGGAGGCCAAGUUUGUCCAGGACACCCUGAAAGGAGACGGUGUGACAGAAAUCCGAAUGCGGUUCAUCAGGAGAAUUGAGGACAAUCUUCCAGCUGGAGAGGAGUGACCAUCCCCAGGACUUCAGGGUAGCUAGCGGGAGCACUUGUUGGAAUCAGUGCUCUCUGCCCUUUAGGACUCAGUGACUCUUUAACACGGUUGUUAUAUAUUCUUCUAACUCUGUUUCCAUUCUCCCUGCUAAUAAAGGGGACUGUGAUACAGUCCAUUUACCCCCCAAACGUGCACAUUCAGGAGGGAAACUCUGCUCGCUUUCCCGUCGGAGGGGUUGGAUGCAGUCAUCUUUGGUUGGACUAGAAAGAGCUCAACCAUUUUACAUUCCUGUUUGAAUUUCCCAAAGCAAAACCCAUUUUGAACCCGUUAAGGCAAGCCUCGCACGUCUAUUCCUGGGCCUUUGGAAUGCCAUUGGCGAAUGGCUGUAGAGAAUCUGGGGUUGUGGGGGGGCUGAUGGGGUGGAUAGGCAUCGCUAGUUCUAGUCUGACACACUCUAGUGCUUGCCCGGAAGGGGAAGUCGUGCUGGGAACACUGACUUCUGGGGAGCCACCCAGGUCUCGUUCCUCCCUGCUCUUUGGAGGCGACAUCUCCUCUUUUUACAGAGGGUCCAUCCUUUUUUCUUACAGACUCUUCAAUAAAGACAUAUUCUUGAGUGAAAUCCUAA